AUGAGGGCCCUCUACACGAGGACUUUCUUUCGCGUUGUUAUCCCCACCGAGUUUGGGGAAAAGGUGGCGGUUGUCGGUUCAGAGUCCCAGCUGGGAAACUGGCAGGUGUCUCGGUGCCACGAGCUGGUGACAAACGAAGAUGUCGUGCCUGCGUGGUUUAGCAAAAAGCCGGCGCUGCUGCCUCUCAACAAAAAGGUGGCUUAUAAAUAUGUCGUUUUAAACGACAGAAAUGAAAUCGUCCGGUGGGAGGAGAUAGAAGGGAAUCGGGAGCUGACGCCCACGGGAGUAGAAAUGCUUGUAGAAGAUGACAAUGGUUACAUCCGCGGCAAAACCUCUUGCGAUUUGCCCACCGAAAUAGCCCCCAACACUCAAGAGAAGAGCGGUUUGGAGUGCGGGUCUGGGGGCGCGGGGCUGCAGCGGCAGCUUUCUGCGCAGGAAGCAGCAGCAGCAAUUGACGAAAACGAUUCGCUGCUGAUAGUCUCUUUGGAGCUUCCAGUCCGCGUGGUUCGCGUGGCUUCUUACCAGAACACGCCUGCGGAAGCCGCAGCAAUAGCAGCAGCAGCAGCAGCAGCAGCAGCAGCAGGCAGCAGCAGCAGCAGCAGCAGCAGCAGCAGCGAGCCCCCCGAGCCUCCGCCCUCCCCCUCCUCCUCCUCCGCAGCAGCCCGCAGCGGAUCAGCGAGUCCCUGCGCAGCAGCUUCUCCUUCCUGCUGCUGCUGCGGCUCCUCCUCCGCAGCUGCUGCUUCCCGCUGCUGCUGCGCUGCAGCAGCAGCAGCAGCAGCAGCAGCAGCAGUGCCGCAGAUGCGGGACGGCAGCGGCGCCCUCGUGGCCUUCCGCCGCAGCAGCCGCGGCCGCUUCGAACUCCGGCCCGCGAAGUCUUCGCUGCUGCCUUCGCUGCUGCACCUCCGCGGCAAAACGAAGUUGGCGGUUUCUUUUUUGGGGGUUUGUGGGGUUUCUCCCGCGGACUCUGAGGAGGAGUUGGAGCUUCGCGAGCUUCUCCAAACCCUCAACUGCAUUCCCAUUUUCGUCCCCGAGGAUGAGAUGAAGGGCUGUCUUUGCUUCUGCGACCAAGUCCGUCUUUGCUGCUGUGCUUUCUUACUCCGGUUUUUCCUUUGCUUUGAGGGUUUGGGGGGGGUUGGGGGAGUUUUGAGGGUUUGCGAGGGUUUGGAGGGGUUUUGGGGCGGUUUUGAGGGUUUGGGGGGGUUUGAGGGAGUUUUGAGGGUUUGCGAGGGUUUGGAGCGGUUUUGA